GCCAAGAUAAGAGUAUUGAUGAGGAUGUGAACAUCUUUUUUUUUUACUGAUAUCCCACAUUCAAAUAGCUUCCUUUCCUGCAUUUGCCUAUUUUGCUCACAUCCCAAUCUUGUAUUCUCUCUCUCUCUCUCUCUCUCUCCAGAACAUCCAACGUCGGCCCCUGAAUCAUACGAAGACCGUGAUCAAGGAGGACAAAAAGAUGUCAGGCUCGUCUCACUCGAUCUCGUUCUGACUCUUUCUCUUUCUCUCUCUCUCUCUGGAUCUUGAGCUUCAAUAAAAGGCCACUGCACCACCGAUAAUUCCCCUUCAGGAUUCUUCGGAUGAGCUAGUGGAACUCUCUGAUUCUGACAGACCAGUAGAUUUUCAUGGGUCGCUUUUCAAAUCGAUUGAAGAGUACAUGCACAUGCUAAAGUUUUGCCUUUUCCAUGACAACUUCUUUAUUGAUAAUUCUGCAGAGAUCCCUGUAAAUCGGUGCUAAGCUGUGACUCCGCAAGAUUCUUGACUCAGGGAUUGUACAAUCGGUUUUCCUUGUUCCUUUUUAGGCGGGGCGUGCAGUGAUUGAUGGAGGACAAGAAUGGUUACUCUUACCAGGGCAGUGGUCUGUGGAGAUCCUUAAGAGAUGGCGACUUUGAAGAAUCGGAUAUGUGGGAUGUUCUUGACGACAAAAGAGAUUACAGCCCAAGAUUGCACUGCACCUCCGAACCUGCCGGGGCUUACUCAAGCCGCAUCCCGAGAUACUCUGCUGCAGAAAUGGUCCCGAGAGCAAGCAGCGGCAGCAGCAGCGGUUCGACCCCCGAACCCAAAAUCAUUCAGCAAUCGGCGCCUGUCAAUGUUCCAAACUGGUCACAUAUUAAGAGGCGAAAUGCCAAAUCCAAGAAAGCUUUCGAAAAGCCAUCCCGGAGAGGAAACGACAGUGAUGGCGAUGAUGAAACCGACGACAACGACGUGCACGAGGGAGGAGGGAGUGACGGCGAUGAGGAUGAGAACGAUCAUAAGAUGCCGCCGCAUGAAUUUAUAGCUUCCAGGCUUGCAAGGAGUCAUAUAUCCUCGUUCUCGGUUUUCGAAGGGGUUGGGAGGACUCUUAAGGGGAGGGAUCUCAGCAAAGUGAGGAAUGCUGUUCUGACCAAAACUGGGUUUCUUGAAUCACCUUGAUAAGAAAUAUGGAGAUUUCUUAGCGAGUUGAAACGUCAUGUCAUUGAUUGUUAAGGUAAAAACUCAUAUUUUCAGAGUUGUGGUGUGGCCUUCUGAGUUCAUUUUAGAGUGGACAUAUAAGAGUAUCCAUUUACAUGUAUUAGUCUCCAUUUAUGUGAAAGUUUGGAUCAAUCCUGUGAA